AAGAAUAAAUAAUAAGAGCUGGCUAGGGGGUGACAUGUUUAACACUCCAUCUAUUUGUCAACUCACUAUAUACAUAUACUCCUCUCUCUCUCCUCAUAACACAUAGGCACAAGGGCAAGGAGAAGAGAGAGAGACAGAUAAAUGACGAUGGCUCUUCUCUUCAACUCGACGAUGACGGUGGCUAUGAAGCAGAAUCCCGCAGUCACGGUAUCUUUUCCGCCGCCUGCUUGCUUGGGAUAUAGUUAUUCUCCUCCUCGUCGUCUUCGAGUUUCGUGUGUUGCCACAAACCCUAGCAAGACGAGUGAAGAAACAGACAAGAAAAAGUUUCGACCCAUCAAAGAAGUAUCAAACCAAGUGACACACACAAUAACACAAGAGAAGCUCGAAAUCUUCAAAUCAAUGGAGAGUUGGGCCCAAGAAAACUUAUUAUCUUACCUCAAACCCGUCGAAGCUUCAUGGCAACCACAAGACUUUCUGCCGGAAACCAACGACGAAGACCGAUUCUACGAGCAAGUGAAAGACCUAAGAAAUCGAACAAGAGAGAUCCCUGACGAUUACUUUGUAGUUCUUGUCGGAGAUAUGAUCACCGAAGAAGCAUUACCGACUUAUCAAACGACUUUGAACACUCUCGACGGCGCCAAAGACGAGACCGGUGGGAGUCUAACACCGUGGGCGGUUUGGGUUAGAGCGUGGACGGCGGAGGAAAAUCGACACGGCGAUUUGUUGAAUAAGUAUCUUUACUUAUCGGGUCGUGUUGAUAUGCGACAUGUUGAAAAGACUAUUCAAUAUCUUAUCGGAUCCGGCAUGGACUCCAAAUUUGAGAACAAUCCCUACAAUGGCUUCAUCUACACUUCUUUUCAAGAGAGAGCCACUUUUAUCUCCCACGGCAACACGGCGAAGCUAGCCACGACCUACGGCGACACAACUCUCGCCAAAAUCUGCGGAACAAUCGCGGCGGACGAGAAGCAGCACGAGACGGCGUACACACGAAUCGUCGAGAAGCUAUUCGAAAUCGAUCCCGACGGUACCGUACAAGCUCUAGCGAGUAUGAUGAAGAAGCGAAUCACGAUGCCGGCUCAUCUGAUGCACGACGGUCGCGACGACGAUCUGUUCGAUCAUUACGCCGCCGUGGCGCAGAGAAUCGGAGUUUAUACAGCGACGGAUUACGCCGGGAUUUUGGAGUUUUUGUUGCGACGGUGGGAGGUGGAGAAGUUAGGGAUGGGUUUGUCCGGUGAAGGAAGGAGAGCACAGGAUUAUCUGUGUACCUUGCCGCAGAGGAUCAGGAGGUUAGAGGAAAGAGCUAACGAUAGAGUCAAACUUGGGUCAAAGUCAAAACCUUCUGUUUCCUUCAGCUGGAUUUACGGGAGAGAAGUUGAACUAUAAAACGACAAAGUUUGUUGCGUUUUUACUGUAUUAGACUCAAACGUUAAUGCGAGAGCUUAUGGGCCUUUUAGUCAUGUAAUGAAGAAAGUAAUUAAUAAUAAAACGCUAAAAGAAGUAGCGUUUCAAUGAAA